UUUCACAACUAGACUGUAGUGGAGCACUUUUAACUAGGAUCAUUAACUGCACACCCUCUUCACUUCAAGAUUAGUCUUAUCAAGACACAAUUCAGUGAAGUCUAUAACGUACCAAGAAACUACUUGGGUAAACAACCACUUGAAAGACUUGCCAUGCUUGUACACACAGACAAAGAGGUUCAUCAAGUAGAAUGGCAGCAGUACAUCACUGGAGUAGCAGUUAAUCUUCAGCAGAGAGAAGCUUCUCGAUCGAGACGGAAACAGUACAUGGCAGGAAUUGCAGCAAGUACAAGCAUCAUUGCUUCUGGAGCUUGGUUCUGCUGGCCAGCACCUCUCCUCCCUCGACUCUUGGAUCAAGAUAGUCCUGUGCCCAUGACACCGGAGGAGGCCUCCUGGAUGGUCUGUUUUAUAGAAGUGGGGACCUUAAUCAGCCCUUUCCCUGCCACACUAAUGGCCGAUUAUCUGGGCAGGAAACACUCCAUGCUGCUCUGCACUCCUCUCUUCGUUGUCAGUGUUGCCCUCAUCAUUUACAUCAGGACAUUAUGGUCACUCUGUCUCGCUCGCUUCAUCCAGGGUCUAGCAAUGGGGAUUCCCUACACCGUACUUCCUCUGUACCUUGGUGAGAUUGCUAGCUCUGAUUCCAGAGGGACUGUUUCUAGCUUCUUUAUUAUUGCAUGGAGUCUUGGUUGUUUGUUUCCUUACAGCAUCGGACCCUACUUAUCGUACAACUCUUUAACUUAUGCUACAUUUCUGUUGAAUAUCAUAUUUGUAGUUUGCUUUAUUUGGCAGCCGGAGAGUCCAUAUUUUUAUGCUUUGAAAAAUAAAUCCAACAAAGUCGCUGACAUGCUAGUUCGUCUGAGAGAUUCAACAUCAAAUGAUUUAACCCAAAAAGAAGUGGAAGAAAUUCAGCUAGAGGUAAGAAAAAGUUCAGAAGAAAAAGCUUCUUGCAAAGACGUGAUAGCUACUCCUACCGAUAGAAAAGCUCUUUUCUUAAUCUUUAUUGUUGGAGUGGUAUCGUUUCUGAGUGGACAGAAUGCUAUUCUGACUUAUUCAACAGAUACAUUUUCCAAGUUCUCAAAUAACUUUAUCCCUCCUGAGUUUAUAACUAUAGCGAUUGGUAUAGUUACUCUUAUUGGAAGCUUGUUUAGCGUUGUGACUUCUGAUAUUUUAGGGAGGCGUUUUCUUCUACUGAUGUCCUCUAUUACUUGUGCAAUUAGCUUAUUUAUUGCGUCUGGUUAUUUCUACCUGGACUCCAACACAAGUGUUGAUGUAUCCUCAUGCUCUUGGGUUGCUCCAGUGGCAAUCAUGGCUUUCAACUUGUUUAUAACUGCAGGAAUGCAUCCUGUCUGUGUUAUGUACACCUCUGAGCUGUUCCCCACAAAAACGCGAGGUAUAGCUUCAUGUAUUUCUUCCAUGAAUUUGACAUUUUUCUCCAUUCUUGUUUUGAAAUUUUAUGAAUCAAUUUCAGUAGUAAUGGGUAUUUACUUUACUUAUUUGUGUUAUGCUCUAGUUUGCUUUAUCGGUACGUUCCUAUUCUAUUUUAUGAUGCCUGAAACAAAGGGGAAAACAUUUUUUGAAAUCAGAGAGGCCUUAGUGAAAAGUCAAAAUAAGUGAGUUGUACAUUCAGUGUUUACUUUUCUUACUUUUUUCACUGUUUUUAAGAUGGCCAACAGGUGAAAAAAAUGUUACAAACACUGAUAAAAUUAGCACUGAGUAGGAAGCAAUAGAUCUUGUUACAUUCAGGUGGAGAAAGCUCAAUAUAGAAGUGUUGACAUUUCAGGAAUAGUUCUUUGUAAUAGAUUUAAUGAAAAUCUAAGGAACAAAUGAAGCUUCAUGAACAGUGAUAUCAUAAUUGAAGUUCUUUAUGGAAUUGAACAAAAUUGCUAUUGCUUACAUAAGUAGUAUACGUUACAAUGGAUGGAAAAGCAAUAAUGAGUGGAAACGAGUUAGACAAUGGUGCAUUGAUUAAAAAAAAAUUAGCUAUAUUGCAAUGGUAGGCUAAGCCUUGUGACUCAUGAAUGGGUGAUGAAAUCAAUGGCAAAAGUCAUGAUAGUUAUUUUAUAAUUAUAGAACUUUCUGAACAUUUGUCCAAAAUUCCAUGGUGUUUGAAAGUAUGAAAGUUCUGCUAUGAAUGUUUUACUGCAUGCCAGUGUAAACCAUUGAUUGAAAUCACCGGUGGCAUUUCUAAAGAGAUGGUAUUGAAUAACUUGUUCUAUGGUAUGAUAAGUGCUUUAAAUUUAAUUGUGAUUAUUUAGAAAACUGGAUUAAGAAUAUCUUUCAAAUGUAUGUAAUAAAAAGAAUUAAUUUUUAA